CAUGGAUUAUCAAUCAGCCAAAGUCGCUGCAUUGAUGGCAGGGUUGGAGGCGAAGGUGACCAGUAUUGAAAAUGAUCAGGAAUAUCGUGUUGAUUCCUCUAAUGACGGCUAUUCAAAUAAUAAACAAGAGCACUUGCCCAAUACUUUGAACCUACAUGGAAAUCAGGCUACAGCCAAUAUUAAUCCAAUGAUCCUCACUAAUAUUCAGGGAUCUCCUUAUUUCAAGAAGGAUCUGUACGCACUGAAAACUUUCCAUGAAGUUGUUGACGAAAUUUACUACAAGGUUGAUCAUCUAGAACCUUGGGAGAGAGGAAGUCGAAAAACUUCGGGGCAAGUAGGAAUGUGCGGGGGUGUGAGAGGAGUAGGCGCAGGAGGAGUUGCUUCGACUGCCUACUGUAUCAUGUUCAAACUUUUUACGAUGAGGAUAACCCGGCGCCAACUGAACGUGCUGCUGUAUCACCAGGAUUCCCCAUACAUCCGAGGCAUUGGUCUGCUCUACAUCAGAUACACACAAUCACCUGAAGAUUUGUUCACUUGGCUUAAACCUUUUCUCGACGACGAAGAGGAGAUAGAUGUGAAAUCUGGAGGUGGUGAAGUUAUAACUAUUGGUGAAAUGGCGCGAAGACUACUGCGAAAAUUAGACUGGUACGCCACCAUGUUUCCAAGAAUUCCAGUUAAAUUUGCGAAAGAAAUAGACGAGAAACUGAAAAACUACAAACUGAAGAUGGCCGCUGCUCAAGUGGAGACGAAGCAAGCACAAGACAGUGCAGCAGUAUUCGAACCCUCUGGCAAAUCUUACGACCAGAUGAUGUCUAAACAUAUCGAAGAGCAGGAGCGAUCGAAGGACUCUUCGAGCUCGAGCAAAAAGAAAGACAUCGAUGAGAAGAAGCGUACGAGAAGCAAGAGCAGGUCGCAAAGCAGGGACAAAAAGAAGAAAUCUUCGUCUGGUAAAAACAAACACAGGUCCAGAUCGCGAGAAAAGAGUAAACAUAGAUCUCGUUCUAGGUCUAGGUCGCGCCAGAAGAAGCGCUCCAGUAAAGAGAGGGGUUCAGCCAAAGACCAGGAAGUGAAGAAGAAAAAAUCAAGUCAGAGCAAAUCAGAUGGGAAGAGGAAGUCCUCAAGAUCCAGGAGUAGACAUCGUUCCAACUCUGCCAAGAAAAAGAGUGGCCGGGAAAAGAAGAGAUCCAGAUCGCGGGAACACAAGAAAUCCGGCAAACACAAAAGCAAAAAGAGCCGCAAGUCUUCUCGUUCGAAGUCACAGGAGAAAUCGAAGGAUUCGGAGAAGAAAAGCGAAAAAGAUACAAAGAAUGCACCCGAAAAAAUAGACGAAAAGAAGGUGGGCGAAGAGAAAUGUAUAUCAGAGGGAGCAGUAGCGGUUGAAAGAGACAAUGAGGAUAGCAAUGAAUGCAAAAAGGAUAAAUCUUUUGCGGAAUCAUCAGAAAACAAUAAAGAACAACAAAGUAAAAACCCAGAUGAAAAGGCCUCAGAUUCCAUGAAAGACUAGAACAUUUUUUGCUUUUUUACUGUUCGUCCUGAAUGAUUUUUCUCUUCAAUGUCCUUUGUUUUAGUAAUUUAUUUUUAUUAAGUA